AUGACUGCCUCUUCAAGAAUUUUCACACCAAAAGUUAAAGUUGCUUCUGAUGCUGCUGAAUUCACUGAAACUGAACUUAUCACCAAGUACACCUAUCGUAAUUCUGUUGUUGAAAAAGACGCCGAUGGUACUUUUAAUGUGAAUCCCUUUUCACAAGAUUACGAAUUUAAGGUCGAUUUGAAAUUGCCGAAGGUUGGUGUCAUGUUGGUUGGUCUAGGUGGUAACAAUGGUACUACCUUUUUGGCAUCCAUUUUAGCUAACAAAAAUAAGAUCCAGUUCCAGACCAAGGACGGCUUGAAGGAGGCAAACUAUUAUGGUUCUGUGACCCAAUGCUCUACUUUGAAGUUAGGUGUCGACGCUGAGAAUAAUGAUGUUUACGCUCCAUUUAACAGUUUAGUUCCAAUGGUGUCCCCUAACGACUUUUAUGUGAGCGGUUGGGAUAUCAAUGGUGCUGAUCUUGGUGCUGCAAUGGCUAGAGCAGAAGUGCUUGGCGUUGAUUUGCAAAACAAAUUGCGUAAGGAGAUGUCAACAUAUGUCCCAUUGCCAUCCAUCUACUAUCCUGAUUUCAUUGCUGCCAACCAAGAUGAACGUGCUGAUAACUGUUUUAACAGAGAUGGCAAAACAGGACCUGUUUCUGUCAAGGACAAGUGGAGCCAUGUGGAACGUAUUCGUAGUGACAUCCGUGAGUUCAAGGAGAAAAAUGAAUUGGAUAAGGUGUUAGUCUUAUGGACUGCUAACACUGAACGUUAUGCUGACGUCUUGGCUGGCGUGAACGACACUGCUGAGAAUUUGAUCAACUCCAUUAAAAAUGAUCAUGAGGAAAUUGCUCCAUCUACUGUCUUUGCUGUAGCAUCUAUCUUGGAAAACGUUCCAUACAUCAAUGGUUCUCCACAAAAUACCUUUGUGCCAGGUGUCAUUGAUCUAGCUGAAAAGGAGGGGGCUUUUAUUGCUGGUGACGAUUUCAAGAGUGGUCAAACUAAGAUGAAAUCUGUCUUGGCUCAAUUUUUGGUCGAUGCAGGUAUCAGACCGGUAUCUAUUGCAUCUUACAAUCACUUGGGUAACAAUGAUGGUUAUAAUUUGAGUUCCCCAAGACAAUUCAGAUCCAAAGAGAUCUCUAAGGCAAGUGUGGUUGACGACAUCAUUGAGUCUAACCAAAUCCUCUACAAUGACAAACUGGGAAACAAAAUUGACCACUGUAUUGUUAUCAAAUAUAUGCCAGCAGUUGGUGACUCGAAGGUUGCCAUGGAUGAAUAUUACAGCGAAUUGAUGCUUGGUGGUCAUAAUAGAAUUUCCAUCCAUAACGUUUGUGAAGACUCGUUAUUGGCAACACCAUUGAUCAUCGAUUUGUUGGUCAUGGCUGAAUUCUGUUCAAGAAUAAAAUACAGAAAGUUUGGUGAUUCUGCAGCCGAGUAUCAAAGCUUUUACCCAGUAUUGACAAUGUUAAGUUACUGGCUAAAGGCCCCAUUGACCAGACCUGGUUUCAAGGCUAUCAACGGGCUAAAUAAGCAGCGUGCUGCAUUGGAGAACUUCUUGAGAUUAUUGAUUGGUUUGCCAGCCCAAGAUGAAUUAAGAUUUGAAGAAAGGUUAAUCUAA